UAUAUUUUUCAUUUAUAUUUUCAUCAAAUAUUCGAUCGCUGACAUUGAAUUGUUUAUCUUAAUAAUAAUUUAUUGGAUUUCGUUAAAACAGUCGGUAAACAUUGUGUAUACAAUUAUAAUCCAUAUUUAAAUUUAAAAUAAUAUUGACAAUUUUUGGUGUCAUACACAUUGGUUGGUCUGACAAUAAAAUUAACGGAACUUAAUUUGGUUUAAAGAUUUUCAAUAAUAAAGUGUUUCAUUUUAUUAAGAUAAAUUUACUAAAUCGUUCAUACAGUGAAAUAUAAUAGUAUAAUAUAAAUAUUAUAGUGUGAUUGAUGUCAAAAAUCAUGUCAAAAGCAAAAAAGAUAAAUUAUUCCACUGGGAAGAAAAAAAAAAGUAAUCAAAGUAAGGUUAAGAAGAAGAAGAAGAAAUCUAGGGAAUUACGAAAAAGAAUUAAAAGUGAGGUUAAGGUAGAAAAUCAGCAGCAAUCAGAUUUGUCUACUACUAUGAAUAAUGAUGAUUCGCCUGGACAAUCUCAAUGUUCUUUAUUUACUACACCAAGUAAUCUUCCUAUAAAAGAAGAAAAAUGUUCUGAUAUGAAAGCGGUAGUUCCUUAUAAUAUUAAUAACGUUUCUUUUGUACAUCGCAGUGAACAAAUAUUGGCAAAUAUUCAAAAUGAUUUUUUUCAUCAUCUUUAUGAAAGCAAUCUUAUUUUAACUCUUCCAAGUCAAUCAUGGUCAAUACAUUAUACGAAAAAACCAAAACGUUCUAUUGUUUUUAGUCAAAUUACUUUAUAUAACGAUAGGAAUUCUGGAUAUGUACCUCAUUACUUUAAAAAACUUGUUUUGUAUGAAAAAAUGGCAUAUGAGAUUUAUUUAUACAACUCCAAAACUAUAGACAAUGACUUCGCACCAAUACAAACGGUACCACAAUUAAUGCGUAUUUUAUCAUAUUUAAAUAAUUUGAAACUUUGCAAAGGUGGGCCUGUAAUCAAUUGCUGUGACAAUAUUAAUCUAGAAUGCGCUUAUAAAGAUAAAGACAGAUGGAGACAUAAUUUAUGUACUUUGAAACUAAGAAAGGCUGCUGGUGUAUGCAACUUAUGUUUAUCAUUACAUGCUAUAUUACAAAAAUCUAAAACACUUGCCAAACGAAAGAACAAUAAGACUGAUUCGCGUAAAAGAAAAAGAAAAAGACAAAAUUAACUUUUGCUUAUCACCCUCCCGUGGUGGUAAACGUUUGUUUUUCUUUUUCAUCUCAUUCUCAUGUCAUUAUUUAGUUUUAAGACAAUAAAGCAUUUCAACCGAUGCUUUAGAAAUGAAAUAACUUUUUGCAAACUUUUUUGCGUAAUACGUGUAGUGUAAAAAUUCAAAGCAGGAAAUUUCAAUACAUGACGAAUGAAUGCAUUUUUUCCUAUUCGAUAUUCAAAUAGUUAAGUUUUACAAACGUUGCUGUGAUACGAUUUUUAUACCAUAUAUACAUAUAAAUAAUAUAUUCGUAGAAUUAAAUGUGCGUAUUUUGAUAAGUUCGUUGAUCUUACAAUUAAUGUUCUAAUAUAAGAAAAAUAUUAAUCAUAUUUAAAACGAAUAAAUUUUGGAAUAGAAUUUUUCUAAUGUAAUUAGCUUUGAUAAAAAAAAAAAAAUUAAUUCGACAAUUAAUUCUGAAAAGAAUAACAUACAUACAUACAUACACACACACACACGUUUAGGAAGCAAAAGGAUCGUUUUUUUUAUUUUUUUAUUUAAAACGUUACACUUAAACACGAUUCUUUAUUAGAGACUGUUAUAAUUUAUUUCAUAUAAACAUUUGAUACAAUUUCAUGUUUUUUUUACUUGAAGUGUUUAUUUUAAUCGGAAUUAAAUACAGUAAUUAAGAUUCUAUAUAGAAUACAAUAUAUUAUAGUUAUAAAUGGAUGGAGUAAUGAAGAGUGAUCAUCAAGAUUCGAUUUGGCAUGAUAUACAAUACAAUGAUGAUGACAUUAUAUCAGUGUGUACUUUGAUAGAAUUUCAAAUGAACCAGUUGUUUGUUGUUGUUGUUGUUCUUGUUUUUCUUCUUGUGACGUAUA